GCUCAGCAACGCAACCGGAAAGCAUCGAUACAUGGACAUUCCUGCCAUAAUUGGCGGCGACGGUAGGUGACCGCACUCAUGGCUGACCACUGCGUCGGUGUUUCUCCCCUCUGCUCCCCUCAAGCUGGAAGUAAGCGUUGUGCUAGUAUGGAGACAUGUGGACAUGCGAACCAAACUCCUGUGCCCUCGAAACGUGCGAAUGGAUUGUGGCUGUCUAUUCCAAACGAGUCUUUCUUUGGUCCCGCCUAUGAAAAGUCGUGUCUAUGGCAGGGGAUGCCUGGGUUACAACCUGAGGUACCAAGAUCCAACCCCGUAUUACCCCUUGCACGAUUUCAUCCUGGAAUGCGCAAGUCGAUAUCUGCUCCGAAAAGGUGCAGUCAUUCUCUCUCCUGAAUUGACAGCAUAUAAUAUGAACUCUGAACCAAGGCAUUUGAGUACUAACCGCCCUGCUGGAUGAUUCUUCAUUGGCGAGGUUUGUACUGUCGAGUUUCUUAUGGAAUCGAUCCUGUCACAACAGAGGGGACUCUGAGACUCUGGGAAAGGACUGAGAGGGCGUUGCUGUUUGAGCUUGAAUGCCUUCAAUAUCCUACUUCCCCACCAACGCCUGCUCCCGGCCCAUCUCACGCCCUACUUCUGCCCGUUUCAACAAGCUGCCAUGUCUCGAUUUGCUGCUAGCGCUACCAAACCGAGUUAUGUUGUCGCUCUAUUAUUUGCCCUAGCCGCAGGGCUUUUCGCCUUCAUUACAAACGAUGGAGCCGCCAACCCUUCGGUGCAGGAGUAUUAUAGCAGCCUUGAGUCCCGUUUGGGAUACUGGUUGCUAUUAGGAAAUACGCGGCAUUGCGGCCUAUACCCUAAGGGCCAGAUCUCUCCGUUUCCAAUCAGCAAAGCUCAGCGGGCCAUGGAAGAUCACGUAUACCAGCGACUAGGCCUUCCCCCGGGGUCGCGAGUCUUGGAUGCAGGUGCAGGGUCAGGAUACGUGGCGAUCCAUAUGGCACAGAAAGGAUUGAAUGUACAAGCCAUUGAUAUUACACCGAUACACUUGGAAGAUGCCCGAAGGAAUGUGGACAAGCACGGACUGCAAGACAAGGUCGACGUUCGCUUCGGAGAUUACCAUGAUCUUUCGGAUUUCUCAGACACGUCUUUUGAUGGAAUUUACACGAUGGAGACCUUCGUUCAUGCCGACGAGCCCAUCAGAGUCUUGCGCAACUUCUACCGCCUUCUUCGUCCUGGUGGCGUUUUGGUCCUCAACGAGGCGGAUUUCAAUCGCAAUUCUGAGUUGCUGCAGGAUGUGCUACGACUGUCACACUGCCAAAACACUCUUGCUGAAGGUGCCCUUGCCGAGAUGCUCAAGGAAGUGGGGUUCACAGACGUCGAUGUUGAAGACCUCACAGGUGAAGUUUUGCCCCUGUGGCGCCUGUUCGGCGUCAUUGGGUAUGGGCCAUAUCAUGCCCUGAAAUUCUUCGGACUUCAUACCCGCUUUACCAACCUUAUGGCAGGUGUCGAAGCGUACUUACACUGGGGAGAGGGAAGAUAUAUCUCUGUGAGGGCCGUUAAGCCGGAAUAGAUUGACCCCCGUCAUGCCUGUCUCCGCUCGCAAGGGAUCUCGGUGCUCCGGACACUAAACAUUGCUCUGGACAUCUCAUGCCACUUUACAGUAGCUUCAGGGUUCUGGUCCUCCAUUCCGAGGAUCUCCAGCCACAGGCACCUCCAUUUCCCACCUUGGCGCGCCUCGGUGCCCCCGCGCCCCUUGGCCAACAGGGCGUGUCCGAUUGUACUCUGGUUCCAAGCUCUGGACAUUCAGCACACAUACCUGGCAUACUUCUUGAAUUGUUCAUCUGCUCUCAGCCUGUCCAGAUCUUCGUCUCUUAGACAUAUGGCUGCGGAGAUCUCGCCGUUCAACGCUUUUGGCAUCAGAUAUAUAAGACUCUCGACGGGGUCGAACGCCGGUCUCCGCACAGCCUCCGGUUUACCCACACCCAGGUUGAAAUCAAGUUCAUAUAGCUUUUCCUUGACCCAGGAACUCAGCAUGAUAUCGGAACCCAGGUCCAACGUCGCCGUGACCGAGACGAGAUGUCGGUCCUCUGGGUGUUGUUCCAAGAAAGUCGCCAGCGCCCGAGUGUUACGAUCCACUGUUGAUGUUUUCGGGUCCAGGGCCGCUCGCAAAUUUGACGCAACACCGCCCAAAGGCAUUUGUAAAAACUCAUCCAGGCUAUAUGUGUGAUAUGUCAUGUUCUGCACCACGCCCAUGUAUGAGUUCGGAAUACCCAAGAAGCGCCUGGGGUCAACGGCUCGGGCGAAUGUGACUCUUUGCUUCGGGUCCAACCUCGGCAGCCGGGCUCGCAUGAUUGACUGCCAGAUAAACGCACUGAGAGCGUCAUCUGUCGAGAUAAAGUCGAUCUGCGGAUCCAUUGUCCGCGUCCCAAGCGCCUUUAGUGCCUCCAACGAGUCCCGAGAAAAGAUCCAGGUGGCCCAUGAGCAUUUUGGGGUGCCAUCAAACGGUGAGACCGUUGUAGCAGUAGCCGCAGCCGUGGGUACUGGACUACUGGCAGGUAUCUCUUCAGCAGGAGCAACAGGAGCCGGUCUCACCAGCUGCCUUGACAGCUCGGUCCACGGAUCAAAGGGUUCUUCCAACAAAGGGAUAACACUGCCGCGGUGUCGAUUGCCCCAGAUCAGCUCGUGGCUGUACGGGUCAUCAUGACAGUCCAUGGAUAGUAGACGCAUGAUCUGGGCCAGGCCAGUCAUGUCCAUGACGUUGUGUUGGGCGACGAAACUGAGCACCAAUCCCUCGUCGAUCAGGUUGGCCUGGACCAUAAACACGGGCGCCGGGUCGUUUUCUUUGGCAGUCUUGGCCGCGAGCGUACGAAUCGGGCAGAUGACUAUUUCGUCCAACAUGUCCAUAGGGAACCCGGUGAACCGGAGCACGUCCAUGGGCGGUAUAUCAGGGUUGUCUCUGUAAUCUCGAACCACGAGGCGAGGAGUCCGCUCGAAGGGCACGAUCUGGUAGGUCCCGUUCGACUUUACCACCUGUCCGGCAACCCAGGGAAAAUUGGCCGUCAGCCGUUCCAAGCCCGUCAUCAGUCUUCUGAUGAUGGAGGAGGCUACUUUGGGAUCCUCGACCGAAUAGCACAAGCAUAUCUGCGUGUACAGGUUGUAGAGACCCGGCUGUUGCCCAAACACGUCAAGUGGGAAGCCGUUGUCGAGAAAUGUCCUCACGUAUCUGGGCAAAGUGUUGGGCAUAGUGACGAGAUGGGAUUGGAGAUGUUGGCAAGAAUCGGUGUACUGUAGAUCUCCUUGGGUGAGGGUUGUGCUGUGUGACAUGCCAUGGAUAAUAAAAGGUAGUAUGUUUUGAGAGGGGCUGGCAACAUUCGAUUUUGACAGCUCGACCUAGCUUGACCUUGGAACAGAUCCGAAGGGGGGUUUUUUUUUUUAACUGCCAGUGGCGGGAUCAAAGUCUCAAUGUGAGAUCUUUGUCUUAUUUGGAUUUGGUUUAUCUGCGCAUGGCCGGUGACACUCAGCGGGGUCAAAGUCUGGGGAACAGAUUGAGCGCCACUCACUUCCCUCGCACUGUACAGGCGUAUUAUCACUCUCGAUUCAUGUGCCAUUGUUUGAUGAGGUUCAUAAGGUUCGACUGCCCUCAUGAAAUGCUAGAAUAUCUAUGUGCACAUAUUUACUGGAACUCGCCUACGUUUCGCGGCGCCAUGUUCAUCAUGAUUGACGGGGCAUGAGCACUUUCAGCCUCGCCAAACCACGUCUCUGUCCAGAUCCGGUGCAACAGUUGGAGUCUCCCUUUUGGAACCUGAUCAUACAAGGGAGCAAGACCAACGGCCGUGGAGUCUGGGGAUCUAUAUGUCUGGGGUCCAGUGACAGCUCGUGGAACGACUGUCACAGACUGAGAUCUCAUCUUGGCGCGAUUGCGCCAUUCGGGGACCAGCUUACAAUGACAGCUACAAGGCUGAACUACUUUUCUCCCUGUGUGACUUUCUAUCCAAUGUCGACCUCAAGAUUUCGUGGAUGGGCAAAAUCUCAUACUUCCAGUCAUGUCAUGUUGCGCUGCCGAACUCAUUCGACAGCCUUCUAGGAGGUUGAAUCGCGGCCUCGACACACUGGUCAGCCUUGACGUUACUGUGGACGCUCCCAUAGCCCUGGUUGUGCCGAAUAUGUUCUUGGAGCGCCAGCUGGGUCAGAUCACGAAGAACUGUACGCCGCAUGAUUCAUUUUGUAAGGACAUGUCAGUUUGAUUAUCAAGGAAUGUAUUUUGGAUCCAUGAUCCAAAGCUACCGCUCAGAGCAGCCAUCCCUGUACCACACAACGUAGAAGUUGUUUUGCCGCUCGAUUGCGCCUCUCCUCCAAUGAAAGACCACUGAUAAACAGACUGCGCGCCGCAUCACGAACACCCAUGCACCGUUGCUUUACAAGUUCAGCUCUGGAUGUUGAAAACAAAGACAUUCUGCCAAACUUCAAAGAGCUCCCGACUUCAACACGAGUUUUGGCCGGUUCCAAUAUACCUUCGGCAACCACCGGCUCCAGGAUGGCCCCCAUAUCCCUGCCCGGAACCAUUUUUCACCUGACAUAUUUGGCAACAGAAUACCCAGCCGCAGCGAGCGUCAAAAAGAUACCCGUCCAAGCCAUCAGCCCGCGUCUCGCACUGGCCUUCAUAAAGGCCUCCAUUGCUUGAGCAUCAUUCAACCUCGGAAACUCGACAUCCUUGGGCACGGGCACACCAAGGAUGGCGCAGAGCGGCUCCCAGCCAUCACGGACAUCAUAAAAGAACAAUUUCUCCUUGGGGACGACUCUCUUAAGGUGUUCGAUAUGACGAUCCCACAUGACUCGAGUCGGUCUCUGAGGCUCGCCUGGUCGGAAAUACAAUUCGCCCACACGGCCGUCGUCCAUGGCAUGAUGGUAAGUCCAGAACCUGCGCAGCGUGGGCAGCGGCGCGAGGAUCCACGACAGAGCAGUCAGAUUGGCAUUCUCGACGAUCGGCGCCAGACUGUUCCACCAUUUAUCCGGAUCGCGGACUGUGCAGAUGACCUUGGCGUCCGGGUAGAUGUGCAUCAGUUCCUCGACAAAGGCAUUGGAUGGCAGAUCGGUGCAGGCGACGUAACCGUCGAGCAUUUCCUUCACGCCCGCAUGCACGACCUGGCGGUCUUCCUCGCUCUGCACCGGCGUGUGCUUGAAGAUAUCGAUCCAGCGGUUGAUAUGUGAUUCGGGUGAUCGGAGAAGUUGCGUGCCGCCGUGGUAGCACGGGCCGUCUAGCAGGUAAGAACACGCCGCGCCAAACGACGUCGUGCCCGUUCUGGAUAGUCCGGCUCCUAUGACUUUUAAGGUCUUGUCGGGAACUGGUUGGGAUGCCGUUUGACCCAUCUUGAUGGAUUGCAGGCGGUCGGUGUCUUGGCUUGGUGAAUCAAACGACGACCCAAACUGACCUACAGUAGGUAGGUAGGCAGGGAGGUAGUAGUCGAGAGAAGGCAGAGGUGCAAAAAGAAGCUUUAACAAGAAGCUUUAUUUCACCGACGAUGAUUCCAGUGACGUCUGUCAAAUGGUUAAUUGCAUUGACCACCGGGGAAAGAGUCGAAGUCGAAGUGGAAAAAGAAUAAGUAUCAUGAACCCAUUUCGAAAAGGAAACGAUCGAGGGUUGAGGUGGGCCAUGACCCCAGCUUAUCUGUGUUUCAGAAAUCUCAAGACCGACCCCGUGCGACUACCCUGCGUUACCAUCCCUCUUCAAGUUCUACUUUUACUUUUACUGCCCUGCAGUGCCAUCGAGGCCGGCGACGGAGACGGCGACGGAGACGGACGCGCCAAAUACAAGGGACACUGGCAUGGGGCGGAUUGUUGCAGGAUGUUCUUGUUGGAUCGACUCAUUGAUGCCCGCAGCUUCGAAUUGAUUGAGAACCCAGUCAAAGCCAAACAAACGGCUUUCUCCACCACCAGUGGCACUGGCACUUGACUUGCAAUGCAAUCGCCGAGGGUCCACUCGCUACAAAAAAGUCAGGCUCCACGGAUAGGCCCGCCUAGUUGUAUAUUGCAGAUCCAGCCACGUACCCACCCCUACCUAGUACUAGUACCGUUGCUACUAUUUACUCUUCGUAAGAUCGAGGACAAUAUGGGAC